AACGUUUUCGAAAUUUAAAAAGCAUGGGAUACAUAGCUUUUCUCUUAGUAUUAGUAAUGGUACACCACACACUGAAUAUACUUCACUAACCGUUUCUUUUUUAAUAUGGAUUAAAAAAACAAACACUACUACAAUGUUACAUUCUGCAUAAUGACAGUUAAAACACAUAAGAUAUUGGUAUUAGCCCAUACGGGAUAUGCAAAAAGAAGGGAGAACUUCCAUUUAUUUAAUGCGAGUAUUGCUUCAACGUUGUUUUUCAUCCGAAGUGUCAAGAGGGGAAAUUGUAAAAGUAUAGUAAUUAUUUUGUGUAAAAUGUUGUAAGCGUAUAACAUAAUAUUUAAAAUGAGCUUCAUAACCUUCAUCUACUGGAUGAAGAGGUGUAACAAGGACAUGCUUUUCGGAUCAAGAGAAAUACACAGCUUUGGACAUCACAGGAUGCAACAUUGUAAAUACUCUUCAAAAACGCCUCUGUAGUCCAGUGAGAUUUGGUGCGACAUGAGUUUGGUUCUACGCAAUCUCCAACGGGCAGUGCCGCUGAGGAGGGCCAGGCUCCGAAAGGAUGUGGAAACCCUGCGGCACAUUUUAGGAAUUUACAGAUUUGACCUGGGGCUGAUUUGCGUUGAUAAUAAGAGGAUUCAGCACAUCAAUAAAACAUACAGGCAAAAGGAUUCUCCAACUGAUGUUCUUUCAUUCCCCUUUUAUGAGGAUCUGAAAGCCGGCGUCCUCCCCAGCCCCCUUCAGCAAGACGAUUGUAACCUGGGUGACAUUUUCUUGGGGGUGGAGUACAUCCACAAGCACUGUGAGGAGCAGGAAGUAGAUGACUUCCACAGCAUUCUUACUGUAGUUACUGCUCAUGGUCUUUGCCAUCUACUGGGGUACAGACACAGAACAGGAAUGGAAUGGGAACAGAUGUUUCAAAAAGAAAGUCAGGUUCUCGAAGAGUUUAACAGGCGCACUGGCCAACAGCUUCAGCCGCUUACAAAAAACACAUUUUAAGAGAGUAAACUACUCGAAGAUCCCAAGCCUCUCAUGAACAUUGGAAUGUUCACAUCACAGACUGGACUGCAGAACAGUACAUGUUAAAUAGAGACCGAUGCUGCUGCUGCAGUUUCAUUUGUAAUGCUAGUCCCUAUAGACAUGUGCUAUGUGUAUAUCUGAAAACUCCAAUUUUUGUUGUACAAUCUUUCAAAUGUCAUGGCUAUAACAACAAUGUGGCUUUUAUUGCACAUUUUGAAGUCACAUUUAAGAAGUGUGCAAUGUUAAACAGAGUAAGUUACAAAAAAAAAAAAAAAAAGUCCUGUUGUAGCUUUUAUUUUUUGUGCAACCUACAAAACAUCCUCAAUAAGUGAACCAGGUUUUGUGUGCUACAUGUCUGCCUGCUAGUGUUUUAACUGGCAAAUGGUAUGAAGAUUUGUAAUAAAAGUAUAGGAUAGCACUUGAUAGAAUUGCUUAAAUGCAUACAAUACAAUUUCAAAUACAGACUAUAUGGCCAUUCUGGUGAACUGCAUGAAAAAUUGAAAACUACUGCAAGAAAUCUGCAUGCACAAAAGGUGGCAGUUGUGAAGAAAGGUUGUAAAAUACAGUAUUUCUUUUAGGAAGGUCCUGGUAAUUAAUAAUUAACUCUGCCCUGGACUGUUAUUCCUGACCGCUCACUUAAGAAUGCAGAAGUCAAUUGGUAACAUUUAUUGUAUUGUAUUUGAAUUUCAAAGUACUAUUAGAACAAUUAAACGUUUGCUUAAAAAAAAAAGGUUUCAUUUUGUAAAGUAAUUAAAUUGGUUUAAUAUUAUUGAAAAUAAAGUAA